CGGUAGAUUUGUGACAUCCGACCUUUUCGAAGCAUCAAUCGAGAAAGGGAGGAUCGGAAGAAAGUUUCAAUCAAAUUGCUGAAAUCUCUGAAUUCGGAUAGGCUUGGUCUGGUGAUCACAGUUACCAAAAAAUGAGUUGCAGCAGUGGACAUGGGAAGGCUUCACCGGAGAAAUUGAGGAAACUGAAGGAUUUAUUGCUUAAAAGUGAUAAUCGCAUUUGUGCUGAUUGUGGUGCUGUAGAUCCCAAAUGGGCGUCAAGUAAUAUUGGUGUUUUCAUCUGCUUAAAGUGUUCUGGUGUACAUAGAAGUCUUGGUACACAUAUCUCAAAGGUUAUGUCAGUGACAUUGGAUGAAUGGUCUGAUGACCAAAUUGACUCCAUGCUUGAGGUUGGUGGAAACUCUUAUGCAAAUUCAAUUUAUGAGGCCUUUUUGCCUGCCGGGUAUUUAAAACCCAACCCCAACUCAACUUAUGAUGAAAGGGCUGAGUUCAUCAGGUCUAAAUAUGAGCUGCAAGAAUUUUUGAAGCCAAGCUUGCGCAUCGUCUCUUCAAAGAGUUCACACCUUUCAAGUGAUUCUGGAAAGGAUAAACAUAGCAGUUCUUCCUUCAACAGUCCAGCAAAUGCACAGGCAGGCAUGGUAGAAUUUAUUGGAAUAUUGAAGGUUAAAGUUAUAAAAGGCAGAAAUUUAGCUAUCAGAGAUAUGUUGAGUAGUGAUCCUUAUGUUGUUUUGACUUUGGGGCAGCAGAAGGCUCAAACGUCAGUGAUAAAAAGCAAUUUGAAUCCAGUUUGGAAUGAGGAGCUUAAUUUAUCUGUUCCUGAAUCUUAUGGGGCUUUAAAAGUUCAAGUAUUUGAUCAUGAUGUAAUCUCCUCGGAUGAUAUAAUGGGCGAAGCAGAGGUAGACCUCCAGCCGAUGAUUGCCGGAGCUAUGGCCUUUGGAGAUCCUGACCUGCUUGCAGACAUGCAGAUUGGCAAGUGGUUGAAAUCAGAUGACAAUGCACUCAUAAAUGAUAGUCUUGUAAACAUUAUUGAUGGAAAGGUGAUACAAGAGGUCUCUCUAAGGCUACAAAGAGUGGAAUGUGGAGAAUUAGAUAUGGAGCUUCAAUGGAUUCCAUUGAGUCAAUAGACUUGUAAUUUUU